AUGGCUACGGCAGAGUGGUUCCUGGAGUCCCUGCCCAUGGAGUCUGACGAAACGCCCAUCUCCAACGCCAGAGAGGAAGACCAGGAGGACCGGAAGGCCACGCCGCAGCCCUGCAAGGACCCCCAGUGGCUCCCAUCCCCCGACCAGGUGCCCAAAGACAGCCCCCUGCUCUUGGAGCCGCCCACCUGCACUCCUUCCCCGGAGGAGGCUCUGACCUCCGGCCCUGGCCCAGCUGUCCCUUGCCUGCCCCUGGAUACCUUGUUCAGCCCCAUCAUCGAACAACUGCGCUAUCUACUGAAGAAAGCGGACGAGUUUCAAAGCUACUUACUGUACAGCAGGGACCGAGUGCAAAAGGGACAGCUGGCCAAGGCCAUGCCCACCUUCCUGCAGAUGUGUCAGCCUUACUUCCUGUACCUGGAGGCCUCAGCCAGGAGCUUUCCUCCCAUCUUCGGGGGCCUGCAGGAGCUGGUCCGAAAGAAGUUUCUGGAAAUCUCGCAGCAGCUGACCCUGCGCCUGGAGCAGCUGAUCCUUCUGUAUGCUUCCUUUGGCUUCGUGAGCCUGGAGCAAACAGAUCCUUUAAGUAUUUCUUGCUUCUUCUGCGGGCGCUUCUCCAUCAGCCCCUUUCAUGAAGUGGCCAUCUUCCGGUACUGCGCCCCGGCCGCCUACACAGCCAGCCGUUUCCCCAGAUUCCUCUACAAGAAGAUGCGAUGGAACCUGGAGACCUUUCUACAGCCCAGGGGCCAGCGGCAAGAACCCCAUGUGGAUUACUACUUUCUCUGCUACCGAGACACGUGGGAAGAGUCCGGCAAAAGUCUGGCCAGCUCGUGCCCGCAGAUCCAGAAGCUGUGGUCCAUCGGCCGCUGGGUGCACCUGGGACCGCCCGAUGACGACCUGUGCUCCUGGAUCCUGUGCCCACAGCCACUUGGAGACUACCAGCAGCUGCUGACCAUCGGCUUCCAGGAGCCUUCGCACACGCUGGCCACCGACCUCCUGGUGCAGAUCCUCACGGGACAGGCCAGCCCGCUCGGGCCUCCCGGCGCAGGAGGCCGCGCGGGGGCCUUGAGCCUUUGGGGUUGCCAUUGGGGUUGUUGUGGGGGGUUAGGGAGGGAAACAGCCCAGACACCCGCCAACUCCCCGGACUGUGUGUGUGGGGGUGCUGGGGGGACGGGGGAGGCCACGCCCACCGCCUCAGCGCGCGGCCUUCUGGGAGAUGUAGUCGGAGGGGAAGCGGUCGCAGCCGGAGAGCCCGAGGAAGGCACUGCGCAUGCGUCGAGGCGCUUGUGA